GGGGCAGAGGGGACACAUCAGCUCCACCUCUAGACAGACACUGAGAUGAUGCACAGCGGGCUCAACAUUCGGCAACUCCAUCCCCAGCUCCCAACUCUGUGCCUGAGCGCUAUUGGGGAUAAACAGCGGAAGGUGAAGGAGACUGAGCGCCUCUGGGGCAGAGAAGCGCCCUCUAAUUCCCUCGCAUAGAGAACUCAUUGUGACCGGCUUAUCGGGAGGUUCUCCGUACAGAGAGGGGAAGUGAAGUUGGGUUGAGUCUUUGCUUCAGUCUCCUCGCACACCGGGAGAAGAAGGAGCAGCAUGCGGAUUGCCCUGCCGGUUAGGAGCGCCUCAUGUACCACAGGACCCUGAGCUAGCACAGCCGGGAAGGAGAAGGGACCUGUCCCAGGGAGACUAGUGGAUGCUCAGCCCCGCACCCAAUAAACACAGACCUUGUGCUCAAGGGAAAAGGAAAUCUGAAACAAUGCCUUGGCUGUAGCUUCUUCAUGAAGGGGGACAGGAAGUUCUCCCCCCAACUAGAAAGGAAAGAUCAAGUCAUUGGAAUUUUCCCUUUGCCAUGGAUAAUAUACCAAACCUGCCUAUGGAUUUUAGAGAUAUUUUAAGAACUCUCAGGAUGAAGGCCAAAUAUGCACUGUUCUUGGGUUUUGUGGUGGUUCUGGUCAUCAUAGAGAAAGAAAACAAGAUUAUCUCAAAGGUGUCAGACAAACUUAAUUUGAAGCAAAUCCCACAGAACAUCUUUGAGGCUAACAGUACAGACAACGAUGUCUACUUAGAGACUGGUUCUCUUAUGUCACUCAGUGAGCUGGACUCAGCCUUUUCUCAGUUCAGAAACAAAUUAGCCAAUGUCACUCUGCAAUAUGGGGGAAAACAGCCAUUUCUUGAAGACCUUCCAAAAGGUCCUCGUCGACAUAUACUCCUCAUGGCCACCACACGCACUGGCUCUUCUUUUGUAGGGGAAUUCUUUAAUCAGCAGGAAAAUAUUUUCUACCUGUUUGAACCUCUCUGGCACAUUGAAAGAACGGUAUCAUUUGAAUCUGUUGGUGCCAAUGCUGUGGGUUCAGCAAUUGUCUACAGAGAUGUACUUCAGCAACUUUUGCUAUGUGAUCUCCAUAUUCUGGAGAGCUUCAUCUCACCGCCCCCUGAAAACCACCUUACAAGAUUCAUGUUUCGUAGAGGUUCCAGUAAAUCAUUAUGUGAAGACCCUGUCUGCACCCCAUUUGUUAAAAAGGUCUUUGAGAGGUACCACUGCAAAAAUCGUCGAUGUGGACCCCUGAACAUGACGCUGGCUAUGGAAGCAUGCUUAAAUAAAGAGCAUGUGACUGUUAAAGCAGUGCGCAUUCGCCAGCUGGAAUAUUUACGCACUUUAGUUGAAGACCCCCGUUUGGAUAUGAGGAUUAUCCAGCUGGUACGGGAUCCGAGAGCUGUACUAGCUUCACGCAUGGUAGCCUUUUCAGGCAAAUAUGAGUCAUGGAAAAAAUGGGCUUUGGAAGGCGCAGCUCCAAUACCUGAAGAAGAAGUCCAAAAGUUAAAGGGCAACUGUGAAAGCAUCCGUAUGUCUGCUGAGCUAGGUUUAAAGCAACCAGAAUGGCUUCGGGGGAGGUACAUGCUGAUACGUUACGAAGAUAUUGCAAGGUCCCCGCUUCAGAAGGCCAAAGAAAUGUACAAAUUUGCUGGCAUUUCAGUUACUCCACAGGUGGAGCAAUGGAUCAUCAAAAACACACAAGCAUCCCAAGAUAGCAAUGGUAUAUAUUCUACACAAAAGAACUCAUCAGAACAGUUUGAGAAGUGGCGGUUCAGUAUACCCUUUAAAUUGGCUCAGGUGGUCCAGGAUGUUUGUAAGCCAGCUAUGAACUUGUUUGGUUAUAAACUGGCCAAUGAUUUAGAGACACUUACAAACCGUUCCAUCAGUUUGUUAGAAGAAAGGGUUAAUUUUUGGGUGACGUAAUGUUCUAUUUAAUAAUUUAUAUCUUGCUUUUCUAUCAAGCCCUCAAAACAAAGAUGGGGAAGGAGCUGAUUUGCACCUGCUGAGCCUCAAAGCCCCAUCUUUGAAGCCUAUUUGCAUUUUUCCAGUGAAUUGUUUCCUAAAUUAGGAAGCUUUUUUUUUUUUGCAGUGACAAAGAAGAUGCUCAAGGCUGAUUCUUUAGAUUAGCUUUAAAAUUGGAUGAAUCCUGCUGAUGUAUAGAAACUGCCUACUUAGAUCCAGCAAGUAAAUGAAGGCUAGUGUGAGAGAAAGAAAGCUGGCUUCUGUUUCUUAAACAAAGCAUCUUCCCAGCACAUUCAGUGUUCUCAAGCUGAAUGCAUGAUCUCUGCACUAAAAAUACACCCAAAGAGGUUUAAACACAGUGGGGCAUAUGCACAAUGUGACUUUACUUCUGGAGCAGCUUUAAAAUCGCUAUAUAUUUUUUUAUACUAAUACUAACUAUAGUGUCACAUUUUAAGAUAGCUGUUUCCUAAAAAAAUACAUAUUUUCUCACAUUGGACAUUGCAGAGGGUGUUGAGGUCCAAACCUUUUUUCUAUAUGAAACUAUGAAUAUGUUUUAGAUAUUUAAAUGCAGUGCAUUUAAACGAGAGAGCGCUUGUGCACUCAAACGCCCUGCCGCACUUGAAAAAAAAAUCAUGCUUUAGACAUUAUAGUGCAGCGCAAUGCACCACGUGGAGAAUAAUACUACGUUUCAGGCUAGGCUGCCUCAACCCUGCAAUUUAAUUUGUUCUGUUUCCAGAUGGGUGCAGAACCAGCUAUGGCUCUGCAUGAGUAAACAAUUUAUGUUCCAAAACAGAGGAAGCAAUUUUUUUCCUGCUGUAUCACCACCUGUUUCUCACUGCAGGUUAUUCUAACACUCCAUAAGGUCUAAGCAGAACUCUCACCUGUUGUCUUAGUUGAAUGAAGAUAGAUAAUGGACUUUUCAGAAUAGCUACUGUUAGUGCAUUGUGGGGCACUGAGGGCAGACAUCUUAGCCCAAACAUUUCAAAUUGGUUUAUUGGAAUGAUUAACUUGUCAUAUAAUACCAGUGAUUAAGGGGCCCUAAACCAAGGUAGCAAUAAUCUUGUGCAAAUCUUUAACUAAGGCUAUGUCUCUUACAGAAUAUUAAGAUCCUAAAAGAACUAUUAUCUAGAAUACAUUUUAAACUCUUGUUUUUUUUUCGCUCUCUUUAUCUUUAGCUGCGUACAGGUUUUUUCUCUAAUUUGUGUAAAAUUUUUAUUUUGGAAACUGUACACAAAAGAGAAAACAGCCAACAUCUGACAUCUUAAUGCUCUAACUGACAGAAUUUUGUCAGCCCGUUUAUGACCAGCAUUAAAUUGCUUACAUUCCCACUGACAAUGCAGUAUACAAUGGGCCCGAUUCACUAAAGUCCGAAAUAAGGGGCCCGAUUCACUAAAGUCCGAAAUAAGGAGUGCUAUUUAUAG